CUACUGAGUGAUUUUAUCAAAGACAAUUUUUUUUAAAUAAAUAUUCCUCUUUGUCUUUGGCCAGUCUAAAAAAAUUCCUAAAUGUGUGUUGUAAAAUUUUGUUGCUUUGUUUUUCCGUAUAAUUUUCUCUUUGAGAAAAUAUUAUUGUUUUCUUCGUAUUAGAAAAUGACAGCAGAGAACGAAAGGGAAAUAUAUCACAAAUUAGAAGCUAUGAAAGAAAUCAGGAACAAAACCAUCACUCUGGAGCGACUGAAGCGCAGCAUCCUGAACGAGGUGCGCAGCGGGGACCAGGAGGGGCGCUGCCUGGCACAGUACAAGCGCGAGAUGGAGCUGCUGCAGCAGGAGAAGAUGAGCCACGUGGAGGAGCUUCGCCAGAUACAUGCUGACAUCAACGCGAUGGAGACGGUGAUCAAGCAGACAGAGGAGAGCAUGUCGCGCAAGUUGUCCAACGCGUCGCGCCUGCACGAGGACUACCGCCCGCUCAAGACGGAGGUGGACCUGCUGCGGCGCCAGUGCCUGGGCCUGGAGCGCCUGCCCGACCUGCACGAGGAGGAGGGCAGCCCCAUCACCCCCGACCGCUUCCCGGCGGCGGCGCCCGCGCGCGGCGCGUUCCUGGCGCCGGCGCCGCGCAAGCCGCCGCCGCCGCCGCCCGCGUUCAGGUCUGCUCUCGAACAAGAUUUCCUUACCGUCUCGCUGAGGCAGCAGCCGCCGCCCAUGAAGUCCUGCCUGUCGUGCCACCAGCAGAUCCACCGCAACGCGCCCAUCUGCCCGCUGUGCAAGGCCAAGAGCCGCUCGCGGAACCCCAAGAAGCCCAAGAAAAAAUAAAAUUCCCCUCGCCGGGCGACGCCGCACCGCACGCGUCCGCCGAGCGUUCGCUGCGUCCGCCGGACGCGUCACGCGACGCCGCGAACUGUCAAACUGUGCGACGGACGCGCGCGACUCAUCGGUCGCUCCCGAGCGCUCCGCUUCGGCGCCAGUGCGACGGCCGUUCAUUUGAAAACCGUUCCGCGAUCGUCGCGCGCCGCGCCCACAGCUUUGUUACAAUUUAUACAUUUGCGGGUCAGUCGAACCGCGCGCCGCGCUCGGGCUCCUCCCCUUUCAAGGUCACAAAAGUCGCAUCGGCGUCAUUAAACUUAAGAGAGCGUCUCGAUUUAGUUGAAGAUGGUCCAUCACGUCGAACGAACGGUUCGGCGUGAACGGCCGUCCCGAACGUUUCUGUUGUACUCGCGUACUGCACUGUUUGCGUACGCACACGCGUCGUGACGUAAUGUGUAGGUAUAGAGAGGUAAAGUUUGUGGUGUUUCAGAGGUAAUGUUUGCAUGUGCUCACACCGCGGAGCGGCGACUAGUUGUUCACAUCGUAACUAGCCGACGCCCGCGGUCUCAUCCUUGUAGUUCCCGUUCACGUGAGAAUACGUGUAUAAAAUAGCAUCGCACACACAAAUAACGUGGAUUUUUAGUGUUAAAAGAUUUUUUUUUAAAUUCAGUAGAUCCAAAGAUUACCACUAUUGACCUCUUAUAAAAAAAGGACGCACGAUCAUGUAGAAAAUUGCACUCAAAAACCCAUUUUUUUGACAGUUUUAAAAUUAUUGGUAAAGAAAAUUAUACCUAAAGGCCUUUCUUUAAAUACAGCCCAAUAUCAAUAAAAUCCCAAAUUCAGAGCAAAUUCAACAUUAUGAUUUGAGUUUAAGGUUCAAUUUGCAAAUGCGACUACUUGAAUGGAGUGCCAAGAAGUUGUGUUUGGCGCUCAUUGAGUGAGGACGUUGUUAUCGCAAUACCACAAACUUUACCUCUUCAUAAUAUGAGAGACAAGUCAGGACUUGACAGUGAUCUCACAUCGUAUAUCAGAGUAGCAUUGCAUGAUAUAUGCAUGCCGGCGCCGCGGACGUCACUUGCCAUCGCGUGAGUGGGUGCAGCGCCGGCGCCGCCGGAGCCGUCGAUGUUGUACAUACUUGUGUAGCUGUUAGUAGUAAUGAGUACCUGCGGGUACCAUGUUGCAGUCACUAGUCUUUAACUAAUUAUAGUACUAUAAUUAUUAUUCAUAACUCAGCGAAGGUGCCGCCGCGCCUCGCAGCUUCUGUUUCUUUUACACCGAAUAUGAUGAAGCAUUAUCUCAAUUAACUAUUUAUAUUCCUACGUAUAAUCAUCACAUAAAAGCAUAAUAUUUGUAUUAUUUUUAAUGUCGUAAAUCGCAGAAAACACUAACAGGUACAGCGAUAUAUGAUAGCUCCGACUAAGUCGCCCAACUAAUAAAUUGGACACCGGUCAUAUCAGAGUCGUGAUUCACUUUCGGUUGACAUAUUAAAAAGUUGUCCAACUAAAUUGUAAGUGAGCGAGCACCCUCAGAAGGGUCCCAGACUUGUUCGCGCCCCGGGAUGUACGUACGUACGAGGAGGCAGAUUUUUGCUAUUAAGACGACUUAUGAAAAUGCCUCGUAAAUAAAGUGUUGUUAGCUCCCAAAGAUUGUUUACUAUUAGAUAUGUCAUUUGUCUACAAAAUCACCGCAAAAGGUGAUCCGAGUUUAAACUCCAAGAGGCCUGGCGCACUCCGUGUUUUAGCAAAAACGUACAGGUACAUGAUCGCGGUACCCUAGGGGGGCUUGAACAGGCGAGUGUCGCCGCUCGGAUCGGACGCUUUUGCAUACGCUGCGCGACGUGCCUCGACCGUUCGUUAUCGUUCGUAAUAUUAUUAACCAAAAAAAUAAUGAGAAAAAGAUAUUGUGCAUUUGGUUGCAAAAAUAAUUAUAAGGAUCGCAGAUUCGCGUUUUUCAAACUUCCAAAGGAUGUAGUAUGGUAAAAAAAAUAUUUUAAGUAGGUACAUAAUUAAUAAUAUCUACCGAAUACUUAUAUUAUGAUACCAUGUACCUGUGCGUUUUUGCUAAAACACGGAGUGCGCCAGGCCUGGUGGAGUCUAAAUUCGGAUCACCUUUUGCGGUGAUUUAGCAGGCAAGUGGCAUGUCUAAUAGUAUAAAAUGUUAGUUGGUGCAACACGCCGAGCCGGCACCGCCGCCGCUGGUGACGCAGCGCAGUGGUUGCAUGCUGUGACUUGAACUUUACUGAUUUUCUGCGUCUUACGAAAAUUUUUUAACUAGCGAACGUCCACAUUAAAUGUUUUUCACAAAUCUACCAAUGAAAGUUCCAUUGAAUUCGUUACAGAUAUUAGCUCAGAUAGACAGACAUGACCAAAAUUUUUUAAAAAAAGCUUGAUUAUGUUUUAUUAGUAUCGUGUAAAUAAUUAUAAACAUUUGAGUUAUUUUGGAAUAGUGGAUAGAAGCAGGCGUUACUUUGCGGAAGUUCAUCAUGAAUAGAUAAAAAAAUAUUUAUUUUGCUAUCAUCCGCAAAAAAACUGUUGAUGCACGUUGUAGUCAACAUCUCCUGAGGAUGCUCCGGUCUCGGGUGAAACGUACGUAGAGAGUUUUUUGUUGCAUGGGUUCGUCGGCUUUUCGCGGAUGAUAGCAAAAUAAAUAUUUUUUUAUCUAUUUUGGAAUAAUAAACAGACACUUCAAUUGAAUUUAUACUUAUGUAUUAAUAAAUUAACUAAUUCACUCGAUUGUAUUGUAAAUUAUUUAUUUAUAUUGAUAAAGUUGAUGAACGGUGGAAUAGUCCACCGUUGUGUGAGCGGCCCGCGCAGCUCGGGCAGCGGUCGCCAGCCACUAGAUGACUCGAUCGUACAAGUAUCGUCUGGCUGGUGGGAGGCUUCGGCCGUGGCUAGUUACCACCCUACCGGCAAAGACGGCCAAGCGAUUUAGCGUUCCGUAUGAUGCCGUGUAGAAACCGAAAGGGGUGUGGAUUGUAUUUUAUGCUCUUCACGUUUUUCAGUGCAACUACUGGAUCACAGUGCCUAGUGGCAGUCUUCAUACUGUGACGAUCGCGUAACCGUAAACGCGAAUUUCUAAGGAAUUAAAACAGCGCCAUCUAGUGGCACUGCACUACUGCACAACUAUUUCAAUUCCUCACAAAUUCGCGUUUACGGUAACGCGAUAGUCACAGUAUGAAAAUAUUGGAAACCGCCACUGGGCACAGUGUUGCAAGACGGGGACACGAUCAACUCGACUGCAACAUUGCGGCGGUACCCGUCAAAUAAGGAUUUAACCUCGGAAUGAGAGCUAAUAAGACAUAAAAAAAUAAUAAAAACUCGCUGUAGGUCAAGUUACUCAAAAGGUAAUUAAUUGGUCAUAAAAAUCAGUAUUUCGUGAUUAUCUCGUAUAGCUCCAAUGAUGUUAACAUUUAUUAUUGACAUUAUAGAGCGUUAACGUACCUACCCGGUCACGCUUCACUUUGACUAAUGUGCGCUACUUCCACCCUACCCUACCCUACUGCUAUCCUACUGCUAUCCUACCGCUGCCCUAACCCUACCCUACCGUACACUUUUCUAUUUUUAGCUUCCUACCUUGAAAACUGCGAGAAGUCCCAUGUAAAAUUUCACCCCCCUCUUUAAGGGGUUGGGGGCGGAUUAAAAAAAAAAAAUGAUUCAUGCAUGGUUUUUUUUUUUCACUAGUCACAUUUAGUCUCCACACCAUUUUUUAUCUUUCUACCUUGGAAAUUGCGGAAUGCUCCAUACAAACUCCCCCCCCCCCAUUAUAGGAAAACGGGGGGUCAGAAAGAGACAAAAAGUAGCCUAUGUCAUUCUCCAUUCUUUCAACUAUCUCCACUUACAAAAACACGUGAAACCGUCGCUCCGUUUUGACGUUACAGACGGACAAACAGACACACACACUUCCACAUUUAUAAUAUUAAAAAUAUAUUAAAAUAGAGCAUAAAAUUGGUGACAAAUUCUGCAGAGGUAGACUGGUACUAAUAUUUUUUAAAUUUAAACUAUUUACAAUAAAUACGACAUGUCUCAUGAUAGCUUAUGAAAAGUUCGAGACGACUUUUAGAACACUGAAAUGAAGGUACCUACUUGCACGAGCUCAUUAUCUUUCAAUCCGAGGUUGAGCUCGUAAGUAGCUUUGACUGGCGUUGUGUUGUGUUGUGGAAAUGUAACGUCGCGUGUAAAUACUUCUCAGUGUAAUAAAUGAAUGUGUGAAUAAUAUUUGUUUUUAUAAUAUACAAUUUUCAUGUCA